AUGGCUCUGGAUGUGUCAGAUGUGGCAAAUGCACUGGCAAACGAAGUGCCGUUUGAGGAGCCAUCAUUCAUGCGAGUUUUGGAUUUGGAAGCCAUGCAUGUUUCGGAGUUUCUGGAUUAUACAAGUGCAGAAAUUUCUUUUGUCGCAGAUGGUGAAUUUGCCGUUGGUAUGGAAUUCAGUUUCAGGGAAGCUGUUAUUAAGGCGAUAAAAGAGUAUACCAUACGAAGAAGCGUAGACUACCGAGUGUAUGAGUCUGAGCCAUUGACAUUUUAUGUUAAGUGUACACAGUAUGGGUCAGGGUGUGAUUGGCUUAUCCGGGUUAGCAUGAUCAGCCGGAAGUACUGUUGGGUUAUAAGGAGGUAUAAUGGCAGUCACACAUGUACCAGAGCAACAAUUUCUCAGGAUCAUUUGAAGUUGGAUUCGAAUAUAAUUGCAGAAGCAAUAAAGCCGUUGGUUGAGGCUGAUCCCGCCUUAAAGGUAAAAUCGGUUAUAGCAGAGGUGCAAUUGAAGUUCAACUACAUGGUUAGUUAUCGGAAAGCAUGGUUGGCUAAGCAAAAGGCAGUGAAAAAAAUAUUUGGAGGCUGGGAAGCAUCGUACGAAGUCUUGCCUAUAUGGUUUGAGGCCAUGUGUCAUAAGGAGCCAUCAGCUGUUGUUCAUUUUGAGACUAUGCCUGCAUAUCAAGGUGAUGACUUGGUGACUGAUAUUCGGGUAUUGCAUCGGGUCUUUUGGAGUUAUUACCCCUGUAUUAGAGCAUUCAGACAUUGUAAGCCAGUUGUCCAGGUGGAUAGGACACACUUGUACAGAAAGUACAAGGGUUGUCUACUAGUGGCAGUUUCACAAGAUGGCAACAACAAUAUCGUCCCAAUUGCAUUUGCUAUUGUGGAGGGAGAGACUUCUGAUGCAUGGUACUUUUUUCGUAGUAACCUUCGUCAGCAUGUUGUAACUCGGGAUGGUGUGGGACUGAUAUCCGACCGUCAUGAAUCCAUAAAUGCCGCCGUGGAAAGGAGUGACGGUGCUUGGUUACCUCCAAGAGCUUUCCAUAUGUUUUGCAUCAGGCAUAUAGAAUCGAAUUUUCUGAGAAAAUUCAAGGCGCCGUACUUGCAGAAACUGGUCAUCAAUUUAGGAUAUUUGAGGACGGUGCGGGAGUAUGAAGUACGAUACCAACGUUUACGAGAACGGGGCGAGGCCUACACUAACUGGUUAAACCGAAUCCCUCGAGAACAGUAUGCGUUGGCUUUUGAUGGUGGAUAUCGAUGGGGUCAUAUGACGACGAAUCUAGUGGAAUGCAUCAACUCAGUAUUGAAGGGUACUCGCAAUCUACCCGUUACUGCCCUUGUGAAGGCAACAUUUUACAGGCUUAACGAGUUGUUUACACAAAAAAGAGCGGAGGCGAAAGCCUGGAUUAAUGCUGGGCAUGUGUUUUCUGAUGUCGUGACCUUGAAGUUGCAUGCAAAUCAACUUGCAGCAGGAAACAUACAGGUGGAUAGAAUCCCCUGUCGACAUGUGUUCGCAUGUUGUGCCAACCAGCGACUGGACUGGCAACUGUAUGUGCAUGAUGUGUAUAAGAUGGACCAAGUUCGGCGUGUGUACCGAGCAAGGUUUAGGCCACUAGGUAAUCCUACUACAUGGCCUGCUUAUAAUGGACCUCGGUUCAUGCCAAAUUCGUUCCUGAGACGAGUGACAAAAGGUCGCCCCAGAAUAACGCGCUUCUUGAAUGAGAUGGACACGCGUAUGUUACGUCGGCCUAGGCGAUGUAGGCUGUGUGGAGCUGAAGGACACAGCCGUAGCAGAUGCCGUCAGUCCGAUGGUGUAAAUGCCUGUGGAAAUACUCAGUAG